AAGUAAAGUGAUCAAAGCUGUCAUCUGAUUAGCUGGUGCACACUCAAACUUGAUAAACAUUGAAUUGCUGAUAAAUCCCAGCAUCGGGCUAAGGUUUUCAACCCACCAACCAGAAGCAAAAUUCACACCAAAAAAGAAAUAAAAAAGAAAAAGAAAAUCGCAUGAAAAAGUUAAAAAGACGUUUCUGUCAAUAGCAUUUGUGAUAAAUAUGUCUCUUAACGCUUAGUAGUCAAAACUCAAAAAAUUUGCAUAUUCUCGAGAAAAAACCUACUAAAAAGCCUAAAAAUGGAAACACCCAAAGAGUCUCCUUAAUUGUCUCGAACUGUCAGGCUCUCUCGAUCAAAGCUUCCUCUCUGUGCACCAUUUGGAAAGUUUCCAAGAUCAAACUGGACUCCAUCUUUGCAUAAAAUUACCAUAUCAGCCACUUUCCCUUCACUCUAUCACUCUACUACUACUCCCAAUAAACCCCUACUCCUAACUCUUCUUGCCCUUCCAAACAAACCGCUCUCUGCUCUUCCAACUCUACCCCCAAACCCUCUCCCCUGUUUUCUCGAGAAUACCAUUAAUUUUUUCUGGGAAAAAUUAAAAAUUUUUCCUGGGAAAUCUGCGGAACAGAAGAAUGGAGGAAGAAGAAGGGGCUCUACCGGACCAUCUCCGGUGCAAACGAACCGACGGGAGACAAUGGCGGUGCAGGCGACGAGUAACGGAGGGGAAAAAGCUAUGCGAGCUUCACCAUAUUCAGGGCCGUCACCGACAAAAGAAACAGAAGGUACCGGAAUCCCUCAAAAUGCAAAGGAACAAGAGAAAAAAGAAGGCUUUCGAGAAGAACAAGCUUGAAAUUAGGGCAAAGUUACUGAAAUUAGCGAAGCCAAUGAAGCGAAAGCGCGUGAUCGGAGGGGAAUCUGAGGCGUUAGACGAAGCCGUUCGGAAGAUGAAACUUAAAAGAGGAGAUUUGCCGUUGGAGCUUAUAAGAAUGGUUUUGAAAAGGGAAAUUGAGAAGAAGAAAAGGAAAGAAAGUGAUUGUAGUGACUUUGAUGAUGAAGAAGAAGAAGAAAAAGGUGAUUUGAUGAGAGAAUUGCCAAAUGGACUAAUGGCUAUUUCUUCUUCAAGUCCACAUUUUGAUAAUGCAGGUUCUUGUUCCGGUUCUGGUUCGGGUUCGGGUUCUGUUUCAGGUUCUUGUUUUAAUGUUAAAGUAGGAGAAACUGAAACUAAUACUGUUGCCAUUACCAGAAGGCGAUUUCGGUCUAAGAACAUUGAACCAUUACCUGUUGGUACAUUGCAGGUUGUGCCGUAUAAGAAGGAUAUGGUGAAUUUGAGGAGAGGAAGAAGAAUAAGGUGCCAUUGGUGUAGAAAGGGUGGUGUUCGUAGUUUGAUCAAGUGUUCCAGUUGUAGACAGCAGUUCUUUUGCUUGGAUUGCAUAAAAGAACAGUAUUUUGUUAUGCAAGAAGAAGUUAAGAUAGCUUGUCCAGUAUGCCGUGGAACUUGUGGCUGCAAGGCCUGCUCAGUGAGUCAACAUAGAGACACUGAAAGUAAGGAGUUUUUAAGGGACAAAAACAAAGUGGACAAGGUGUUACAUUUUCAUUAUUUGAUCUGCAUGCUUCUUCCUGUUCUGAAGCAAAUAAACCAAGACCAGAGUGUUGAGAUUGAAGUGGAGGCAAAAGUAAAAGGCAAAAAACUCUCUGAUAUUCAAGUCCAACCAGCUGAAUUUGGUGGCAAUAAGCAAUAUUGUUGCAGUAACUGCAAGACUUUCAUACUGGAUUUCCACAGAAGCUGCUCAAAGUGUUCAUAUAAUCUCUGCUUAAGCUGUUGUCGGGAUAUCUUUCAAGGGAGUUUAGUUGGAAGUAUCAAAGAAAUUAACUGCAAAUGCCCAAAUAGAAGGAAAACUUGUGUGCCUGGCAUUCGCCUUUCACAUAAGAAAUCUGUAAGAACCUCUAAGAAAAAUUAUGACAGUAGAUAUUUUGAUUCUUCUGCAUCAUUGCCUAGUCGCAAAGCUCCUGAUGGCAAUGUUCCUAUAUCAUGCCCACCCACAGAGUUUGGUGGUUGUGGUGAUGGCCUUCUUGAUCUGAGGUGUAUUUUGCCGCUAAGGUGGUUCAAAGAGCUGGAAAUAAGUGCUGAAGAAAUAGUUGGCAGCUAUGAAUUGCCAGAAGCUUUCAAUACUUUAUCAUGCUGCUCGCUAUGUCCUGGAACAGAUUAUGAAGCUAAAGGGGUGAAGCAGUUGCAAGAGGCUGCUAGGAGAAAAAUUUCAAAUGACAACUUCCUAUUUUACCCCACUAUAAUGAACAUUCAUGCUGAUAACCUGGAGCACUUCCAGAAGCAUUGGGGUAAAGGCCAUCCUGUAAUAGUUCGAAAUGUGCUUCGGGAUACAUCAGAUUUGAGUUGGAAUCCGGUAUUCUUGUUUUGCACAUAUCUUAAGAAUAGUUUUGCCAAAUCUGAGAAUGAGGAACUAACUAAAGCUACAGGUUGCUUGGACUGGUUUGAGGUUGAAAUUGGUAUUAAGCAGUUAUUUUUGGGGUCAUUGAGGGGUCUGGCGCAAUCUAAUUCGUGUGAUGAGAAGAUGAAACUGAAGGGCUGGCUUUCUUCUCAUUUAUUUCAAGAACAAUUCCCAGAUCAUUAUACUGAAAUCAUUCGAGCUUUACCACUUCCAGAAUAUAUGGAUCCUAGAAGUGGUCUUUUAAACAUCGCUGCAAGGUUGCCAGAAGAAAUCACAAAGCCUGAUCUAGGCCCAUGUAUCUCUAUCUCGUAUUGCAGUGGCGAGGAACUUGUACAGGCCAAUUCAGUGACAAAAUUAUGUUACGACUUAUGUGAUGUGGUUAAUAUUUUGGCACAUGCUACAGAUGCUCCUGUAUCCAUGAAGCAGCUUAAUAAAAUAAGAAAGUUAAUGAAAAAGAAAAAAUUUCAAGACCAAAGGGAGGUUGCUAAGACGACUCUUGAUCGAAAGGCGGCUAAUAAAGUGAAGGAAAAAUCUGCACCACAUGAUGAAAACAUGGAAGAAGUAGGAUUGAAUGAUAUGCUCAGUAAAGAAAUGCAUGCUCAUGAGAGAGUACCAAAAGUAUCCCACUUACCUUCUGCUGUGCACGAAGCACAGGAUUUAGGUUUCAAAGAUAGAAACGCAUACCAUGAUAAGGGAGAUAGCUCUGACUCUGAUUCUGAUUCUGAUUGUAAUUCAAAUUCUGAAGCUGCACUACUUCCAUGCCAUACCAUUCACGGCUCAGAAGCCAAGUCUUGUGGUGCUGAAUGGGAUGUCUUCCGCAGGCAGGAUGUUCCAAAGCUUAUGGAGUACCUUAGAAAGUAUUCAAAUGAGUUUGGUAACACACGUGGUUUUCAAAAGCAUGUGGUUCAUCCAAUCCUUGAUCAGAAUUUCUUUCUUGACACAAGUCACAAAACAAGGCUGAAGGAGGAGUAUGAAAUUGAACCUUGGACUUUUGAGCAACAUGUUGGAGAAGCUGUUAUAAUUCCAGCUGGCUGUCCAUACCAGAUUAGGAAUGUUAAGUCCUGCGUUAAUGUGGUUUUGGACUUUGUUUCACCGGAAAAUGUGACUGAGUGUAUCCAGUUGAUUGAUGAACUUCAUCUGCUUCCGGAAAAUCAUAAAGCCAAAGCAGAGAAGUUUGAGCAGGUUAAGAAGAUGGCCUUGUAUAGGACGAGUGCAGCAAUAAAAGAAAUUCGUGAGCUUACAUGUGCAGAGUCCAGUGCUGAGUUCAGCGAGUACUUGAAGACUGAAGAACAAUGACAGGUAGUAUAAGGGGUUCUCAAGUUGGUGGCUCUUGCUGCUGGUAUCGUCUGCUCUAGGGUCUUUUCUUAUUUAGAAGCAUUGUUCCUAGCAAAUAGCGUGCAUUGCAUGCAGAAAUUUUGAUGCAAUUGUCCAUUCUCUCUCCCCCUCCGAUAUUGAAGUCAAGAAUUGGAACUAGGCCACUUUGCUGCAACUGACUUUGUAAAUGUGUAAUAUUGAUCAAUCAUGUACUUAAUACAGCCAAGCCAGGAUCAAACAUUAUUCAUUGUAUUAUACCUUCUCUUCAAUACAACAACAGCUAAUUUCUCCAA